GAUUAAAAUUAAAAAAAGAUAAGAGACUGGCGAUCUUUCCAGUGUUACUAUUUUAUUAGUAUUUUCAAAAGUACUAAAACGCGCUCGAUAUCCCUGUUUAUUUUAUUGACCACUCGCCAGAUGUUUGCGCAUUGUUUUCCAGUGCGCAGUAGUUUCCCCGUCGUGAAAUCGAGAUUCUGUUUUAGUAUUAUAUCUAUUCUGCCAUUUUGAAAAUAGUGGCGUGUAUGGAUUAGAAAUAGUGUUUUUUAUGUGACAAAUAUGUCCGGGAGCAAUGAUAAAGUGUCGACUACGCAGCGUAUGAUCCAAAGUGUUGCUUUCCCUCCCAGCCACAAGCUCACAGUAUCAGAGGUAUUCGAUGAAAAAAGUGGAAAACCCUUGCCCGAGGUACUGAAGCAACAUUUUAUCCUAGAAGGUCGAAUUGAAGAAAAUGCGGCUUUACGAAUCAUCCAAGAUGGUGCCACCCUGCUACGAUCUGAGAAGACGAUGAUCGAGAUUGAUUCGCCGGUGACGGUGUGCGGGGACGUCCAUGGCCAAUUUUAUGAUUUGAUGAAAUUGUUCGAGGUCGGAGGAUCUCCCUCUUGCACUAAGUAUUUAUUCUUAGGUGACUAUGUGGAUCGAGGUUAUUUCAGUAUAGAAUGUGUUCUCUACCUCUGGGCGCUGAAGUUGUGUUUUCCGAAGACGUUAUUCUUGUUACGCGGCAACCACGAGUGCCGACAUCUGACUGAGUACUUCACCUUCAAACAGGAAUGCAAAAUCAAAUAUUCGGAGAAGGUUUACGACGCGUGCAUGGACGCCUUCGACUGCCUGCCGCUGGCGGCGCUCAUGAACCAGCAGUUCCUGUGCGUGCACGGCGGGCUCUCCCCCGAGAUCAACAACCUAGAUGAUAUCCGCAAACUAGAUAGAUUCAAAGAACCCCCUGCAUUUGGUGCCAUGUGUGACCUGCUGUGGUCUGAUCCUCUUGAAGACUUUGGGAAUGAGAAGAAUGCCGAGCAUUUCUCGCACAACUCUGUCAGAGGUUGUUCAUAUUUCUAUAGCUAUGCUGCCUGUUGUGACUUCCUUCAAAGAAACAACUUACUGUCUAUCAUUCGAGCGCAUGAAGCUCAAGAUGCUGGGUACAGAAUGUACCGCAAGAGCCAGACCACGGGCUUCCCGAGUCUCAUCACCAUCUUCUCCGCUCCCAACUACUUGGAUGUGUACAACAACAAGGCGGCCGUGCUGAAGUACGAGAACAAUGUCAUGAACAUCCGGCAGUUCAACUGCUCCCCGCACCCGUACUGGCUGCCCAACUUCAUGGAUGUAUUCACCUGGUCUCUUCCCUUUGUUGGUGAGAAAGUCACUGAAAUGCUGGUCAAUGUCUUGAACAUCUGCUCUGAUGAUGAGUUGAUGACAGAAGGUGAAGAAGCAGGAUUGGAGGAAGCUAAUCUCAGGAAAGAAGUUAUUCGUAACAAGAUCCGUGCCAUUGGAAAAAUGGCUCAUGUAUUCUCUGUGCUCCGUGAGGAGAGUGAAUCUGUUCUGCAGCUGAAGGGCUUGACUCCAACUGGAGCCCUGCCGCUGGGUGCACUGUCAGGUGGUAAGACUUCCCUGAAGAAUGCCCUCCAAGGGUUCUCACCAAACCACAAGAUCACUUCAUUCGCUGAAGCUAAGGGGCUUGAUGCCAUCAACGAGCGCAUGCCUCCUCGGCGUGAUGGGCAGCGUACUCCUGAUCCUCAAGAGAAGAAGCCUCAUGUCAACAGCAAUGCACACUCGUGAAGUGUCAAGUCACUAUUUCUCUUCGAUCCUUACUUUUUGAUCCACGUUUAUAGUGGUAGUGAAAUAUGUGUGAUGGAGACUCAGCUUCGGAAUGAUAUUUCACAUUCAUAUUAACUAGGUGGAUUUGAAGGGAAUUGUCGUAAUAGAUACAAAAUAUUUUUAAAUUUCAAAUUAACUUUUUUUCAAUAGUUGAAAUUAAAAUUUCUCUUAAGAUUACCUCUCGAUAUUUAAAAUAUAUCAGAUCUGCAGGCAACAAAUUUAUUUAGUCAAUUAAAUGUUAAGGUAUGCACAUUUAUUUAUAAUGCGCUGCACUGUUUAAUUUUUGGUAAUGUAAUUUUAAAUUUUUCAUAUGAAAAGACAUGAUAUUGUAAUGUAAAUUUAUUCAGAUUGUCUACUUAUACUCUACAUUGUUAUCUACAUUAGUGAAAAUUAGACAUGUCUAUAAUUUUCAAAGCAUAAUUAGCUGUGAUAUUAAGCGACGAUCAAUGUAUUAUUUAAUAGCGUCUGCUAGUGAAGUACCGGCAUGUUCAUUGGCUAAUCAUGCAUUGAAAUAUGUAAAAUAAGCGACAAGUUUUCAGCUUGGGCGUGUCUUCAUAUUCUAUUUAAGUAAUAAAUUAAAGAUGUACUAUAGUGCAGUGGCCGCCGGCCGAGUGCGCCGCGUGCGUGCGUGUGUCUGUGUAAAUAUGCCUGCGCGUACACACGUUGUUGCAGCUUUAACACGUGAGAUAAAUAUUACUCUCUUUAAUAUCUUUGCUACAAGUUGUACUUAAUUGUAUUUUAUUGUACAAAAUAUAUUAAAAUUAUAACUAUCUAUGAACUAUUACUUAAAAAUAAUUUAUAUUUGGGUGUAUGCUGGCCCCUUGUUGCCUGUAUGCAGCUCACUUGUAUGCUGGAACACAUAUUCAAGUUCUUAGCCAUGUUUCGGUAUGUAAGGUGUAGUGGCUAGUCUAAUUGCAGAUUUUCUUACAGCUUCUAUUCCAAAUUCACUUAUAAUAAUUAGGUUUAAUGACCUAUUAUGCACUGUUGGAAAAUCUCUUUUGGUCUGCCAAAUAAUUAAUCAUUAAUUGAUGCAAUAAGUACAUAUUGUUAUAAACUAAAGUGGCUUACAUAAUUUUCGAAGUCAGUACUAAGUAUUUUAUCUCAAUUCAGUGUGUAGUCCUUCAUAUGUUCUGUAAUUUUAAAAUACAUUUUACCUAUGUAAAAAAACUAACAAAUAUUUAAUUUUAUUUUGUACUAAUCAUGGGAAGUGUUGUUUUAUCCUUAUAAAAUAUAUUAACAUUGAGCUCCUAA